AUGGUAUUUCGGUCUGGGAGAGGACCGGAGAGGAUCCCGCCAGUUUUUAUAGACGGCGCUGCAGUGGAAAGAGUGGGUCGGUUCAGAUACUUGGGACAUAUCGUGACGGAGGAUUUUCGCGAUGACGGAGAUGUGGAACGAGAACGAAGGGCCCUGGCCGUCCGUUGCAACAUGCUCGCGCGAAGGUUCGCCCGUUGCAGUCCAGAUGUGAAGUUGACAUUGUUUCGAGCAUUUUGUCAAUGUUUCUAUACAUGUCAGCUUUGGACAAAUUGCACCAAAAGUGCGCGGAACAGCAUUAGAGUGCAGUAUAAUAAUGCAUACCGCAUUUUGAUGAGGCUUCCGAAAUACUGUAGUGCAUCGGGCAUGUUUGCGGAGUCCAGGGUGAAUGAUUACUUCGCUAUAAUAAGAGAUCGUGUAGCAAAUUUCUGGGCUCACAUUCGGAAUUCAAAGAAUGAAAUCCUCAGCACAUUGUCCCAGUGUCUGAACAGUCCCAUUCAAAAGUAUUGGUUGUCCGUGCACCAAGACAGGAACAUUAAAUAA